AUGGCGACCAGAGAUAAGACCGCCACUGUCACAGAGACGGACAAGAGCGACGAGAUCGCUUUUGGGCGGCUUGGCUACCAACAGGUCCUUCAUCGAAGCUAUUCUCUCUUUGAAAAUUUCUCUACCUCAUUUGCGGCCCUGUACUUUGUUGGUGGUGUUCGGGUCACCUUCACAACUGGAAUCGCUGCCGGAGGGCCAUUGGCAUAUUGGACAAGCUAUAUUGUGACAUGCUCAAUCUACCUCUGGGCUGCAGAAGCUGGUGGUCGCCGUUAUGGACGGCUGUUCGGAUUCAUAGUCGCCUGGUGGAGUACAACAGCCUGGACCACAUUUUGUGCUAGUAAUACGCAGUCCGCGGUGAACUAUAUGCUCUCGGAGCUGUCGGUUUUCAACGUCGACUUUCCCAUGGAUACCAACAAUUUGAAAUUCCGUGCUGUCCAAUGGAUCUGCACCGAAGUGUUUUUGGGCUUAGCGGCAUGGAUGAACUUUGCCUCCCCUCGAGUAUUCCGAUGGAUUUUCUGGCUUUCCAACGGCGCCGUGUUCUUGGAUUUCAUCCUCAAUCUUAUAUGGCUACCAUUUGGUGCUAGCGACACCUAUGGACUGCGGACUGCACAUGAAGCAGUCAUGACCACUUACAACGGGACUGGAGUGCCGGAUGGCUGGAACUGGUGCCUGUCAUAUCUGGCAACCGCAGGGAUUCUCAUUGGAUUUGAUGCAUCUGGCCACGUCGCCGAAGAAACCAAGAGCGCCACCAUCAAUGCGGCCAAAGGAAUAUUCUGGAGUACAGUGGUUAGCGGUGUCUUUGGCUUCGCGGCCGUCAUCCUGUUUCUUUUCACCUCGCCACCCAUUGAUGUGCUAUUCUCGUACGAUGCUCCGCAGCCAUUCGUGCCCCUCUAUGCUGUUGUUCUUGGCCGCGGCGGACAUAUCGUUAUGAAUAACACCGCCAUCGCAAUCACCGCCGCCUCGCGCCUCGUCUUUGCCGUCUACCGAGACGGAGUCCUCACACUUUCCCAUUGGGUGUCCCGGGUGUCCGAAACAGGACAGCCUCGCAAUGCAGUCAUCGUGGUUUGGGUCGUAUCUGCAGUCAUCAGCUGCACCAUACUUCCUUCUAGUGUCGCUUUCACCUCCCUCGUCUCCGCUGCCGGCGUCCCCUCCGCUGCUGCCUACGGUCUGAUCUGCCUGGGUAGACUGACUCUGACGCGCAAUGAGAAGCUGGAUGCCAAAUGGUCUCUUGGACAGUGGAGUAAGCCAUUCCAAUUUGUGGCGCUUGUUUGGAACGCCUGGGUUGUGGCGGUGCUCCUUUCACCGUACGAGUUUCCGGUGACGGCGGGGACACUGAAUUAUGCUCCUAUAAUCAUGGCCAUUGUGACAACAUUUACAUUGGCCUCUUGGUUCGUGACCCCAGCUGAUGCCUGGUUGCGGCAGGGGUUCACACAUGCGGAUGAAUAAGUUUCGAAUUGGUGAAAAAUCUGCCGUGAAAACAGAG